GUAAGGUACAUGUGAGCUGUCUAUGAUCCACAUAUGUACCACUUUCUCAAGCAAUAAAAGAAAAAGAUGUCGGUGCUCGAGCUUGCUACUAUACCCUGAGACCCUCUCUGGACACUCGCUCACGUAGAAUGAGAAGAUGCCGGAAGCCAUCGAGGUUCCUUUGAAAUUGCAGGCCGGCUAGCUUCACCCUCAAAUUUCAUCUACAAAUUAAAGAAGGAAUAUGAACAGAGAUGGCAGAGGAAGCAUUUGUGUAGAGAAAGAAAUUAAAGGAACCCGGCCUAAAAAUGGUGAAUUAGCAGAAGAAGCCCGGACGACGGUACGUCAAGGCUGAGCGGUCUGGUUCAGAAUUCAUCAGCGACGGGACAGGGGAUAUGAUUCACAACUUAUAUAUAGUUCGAAAAUUAAUUUGAAUUUGUACAUACACAAUAUGGAUGUGAUGUACUACAUGACUCUUGUGGGCAUGUUUGUGCUGUUGCUCUCUCUCUGUCUCUCCCUAUACUUACUUUUGGGUAAUAAGAAAGAUUCGCCCGAUGACCAUAUGCCGCCGGGAAGGACCGGAUGGCCGCUCAUCGGCGAGACCCUCGAGUUUCUGUCAAUGGGGUGGAAGGGCCACCCUGAAAAGUUCAUUUUCGACAGAAUGGAGAAGUACUCAUCCACCAUCUUCCGAACACACCUUCUUGGCGAGAAGGUCGCUGUCUUCUGCGGAGCCAACGGCAACAAGUUCUUGUUCUCAAAUGAGAACAAGCUCUUGCAGUCAUGGUGGCCGGAUCAGGUGGAGAAAAUCUUCCCAUCCGCGAGCAGGACCUCUUCGAAAGACGAAGCUCUAAAAAUGAAGAAGUUGCUUCCGAGUUUCUUAAAACCAGAAGCGCUCCAACGAUACGUCGGGAUCAUGGACGACCUCGCCCGCCGUCACUUCGCCGACGGCUGGGAAGACCGGGAUCAAGUCCAUGCCUUCCCCCUCGCGAAACGCUUCACCUUCUCGCUGGCCUGCCGGAUCUUCAUCGGUCUGGAGGACCCCGCCCACGUCGCCCAGUUCGCCGAGCCCUUCGACGUUAUCCCGCCCGGCAUCUUCUCCGUGCCCAUUGAUCUUCCCUGGACGCCGUUCCGGCGGGCGAUAAAUGCGUCGGAGCUCAUAAGAAGGGAGCUGCUAGCGGCGAUCAUAAAGCAGAGGAAGAGAGAGCUGGCGGAGGGGACGGCGACGGCGAGCCAAGACAUCCUGUCGCACAUGCUGGUGACGAGCAACGAGGACAGGACGUUCAUGGCGGAGUGGGAUAUCGCCGACAAGAUUUUGGGGCUUCUCAUAAGCGGCCACGAUACUGCUAGCUCUGCUUGCGCCUUCGUCGUUAAAUACUUGGCUGAGCUUCCUCACGUCUACCAACGUGUCUAUAGAGAGCAAAUGGAGAUUGCUAAGUCGAAGGGAGGAGGAGAAUUGUUGGAUUGGGAAGACAUUCAGAAUAUGAAAUACUCGUGGAAUGUGGCAUGCGAAGUUUUGAGGCUUGCCCCGCCCCUCCAGGGUUCUUUCCGUGAAGCCUUAACCGAUUUCACCUUCAAUGGCUUCCGCAUUCGCAAAGGAUGGAAGAGCAUCGGGUGAAUGUCUUUCCAUAUGUCGAUGAACUUAAACGGCAGUCUACAAUACACCAAGAAUAAUCGUGCAAAACCUAAGAAGCCGAGAGAAGAGAGAGCAAGUUUGAGAAUUGAAGAUGGCGACCGAAGAAACAUCCAAUCCUACCUUGAAGAGUGCAGCAACAGGACCAGAGACUGAAGGGUGCACUUCAAGUAGAGGAAGGGUGUAAGGCAGGAUGGAAGCGGUAACAUGCCAGCGAGAAGGAGUGCAAGAUUUGUUCCUGAGAUGGACAAGAUUGAAGUCAAAGACAAGCUGAAACGAAAAGAAGCGGAGACCUCAAGAGAAAGUGUGGAGUCAAAGUGAAUGAGCUAGAAAGACUAUGGCAGCAUUAAGGAUGAAGUACUGGGCAGCAAUAGCAGGGCAGAAGUGAAUGAGCUAAAAGAAGAAAAUUUAACCAAAGCAAAUGCGUUUGUUGGAGAAGUGUGAAAUAAAAAGGGCAUUUAAGAUAAGACUGUCACAAGCUAUGGGGGAAGAGCAUAUGUGAUCAGUUUUAAAAUAUUUUAAUACUUAUAUUUUGAUUACUGGUUAUGAUUGUUGGUGGUUUUAUUACAUCUUUGAACAUCUAGCGGUUUCCAAGUUUAUCAUAUUUGUGUUGCUGCAUUUAUUAAUGCAAAAUUUUGGUAAAAUUUAUUUCGGCGUGCAAUUAUAUGUUGG